UAUCUUCCAGUUGUCUUCCUCAAAAAUGCUGAAAUUGGCUAUUUGCUUUCCUCUGAUUCUGAUAUGAUGGCUUAAAUUAUGUUAUAGAUGCAUUAUAAGUUACACCAAUAUGUUGUUACUGUUUUUAUUCAUCUAUCUAAAAAUUUUAAAAGUUUGUUCCUCUCAGCUAAUUGAAAGUAGAAGUAGAAGAACUAGACGAGAACUAGGCUGAACUUUUGUAUUGCAAAGAAAAAUAGGAAGUCCAUUGUCCAACUGUGUCAUGGUAUAGCUACUUGUUUUACUUCAUUAUAGAAUUGGUUUUAUAAUGCAGCCUCAUCCAUGAAUGGUGAAUUUAAAUUUUGUAGCUUGAGUUCUCCUCUUAGUCCCGAAGAAAUUGUGAAACCUUGAAAGGUGUCCAAUUUGUAAGUUUGUGGGAGGGGAUGAUGUUAACAAUGUUAUUUUUAUGGAAUUAAAUCUAAAUGAACACCAGUAAUUUAGCCUUCUUCUACAGGGAAGGCGAGAAAUGAAGGUUCUGGGAAUGGAAAUGCUGAAUCAAGAUCAUACCUUGAAAAGAAGCUCGUAUUUUGUUUUGGUUCGCACAUUGCAGCACAAAUGCUACUCCUUUUGGAGAGGAGAACUUGCUUUCUUCUUCAGAGUUAACGCAAGCACAGGAGAUUGAUUUCAUUCUAUGCUUUCUGCUUUUCAACGGUAUUAAUGUAAAGCAAAAAAUAAUCUUAGAGGAUAUGCAAUGCAUAAUCAUUUCUCUAAUUCCCUUCACUCUUUUACUCAAUUUGCAACAGAUAGCUACACGGAUGGUUAUUCAGUAUGGGUGGGGACCUGAUGAUAGUCCUGCAAUAUAUUAUCACAGCAAUGCGUCUACUGCUUUAAGCAUGGGGAAUAACCAUGAGUAUGAUAUGGCAGUUAAAGUUGAAAAGAUCCAUGAUUUAGCAUAUUAUAAAGCUAAAGAAAUGCUCCCUCAAAAUGAGUGGUAGCAGCCAAUACACCCAAGCGGAUACUGAUCAAGUGUGAAAUGAGUGGGGGAAGUUUGUUGUGAACACAUAUGUGCAUGAGCCAUGAAGUAGCGCGCUUGAUGCUGGUCCAUUUUUGCUAAGGAAAACUUCUUUUUUUGUGCUUCUCUGCUGGUACAUUGUCAUGCACCAUGUGUUGCAUGUUUUGGAACAAUAGAUAUAUAUGUAUCAGCUUUUUGAUGUCCCAAGUAGAUGGGCAUGCACUAGAAUGCUUCUCUUGUUUAAAAUGUUGGGUUCAA